UAGCACAUAAAGUAUAGUCCACUGGACUUUCCUUGAUUAAUCGCCUUCAAUCAACUGUAAGGAUGUCCGCUGCUCUAGACGUAGAUCCGACGUUCAAGCACGCGCUCAAGCUGCUACAUUCGUCCAAUUCCGAUUCGACGGAAAAGAUACGCAACCUGCUGGACGAGCUCAUCAAACAGCGCUAUGGCAGCAGUAAAACGCUUAUCAAUACGCUCAGCAAAAAACAUUUGGCCGAGGAGCCGCUGGCCGGCGGAAGCAAUCUGUACGUGCGGAAGCAGAAAGUGAUUGAACCAAAACCCGUUGUUCCGGUAAUAGAUCUUGACCCCGACCCGGAACCAUUAGGCCCCGGUACGAUCGAGUGCGUAGUGAACGCACCGGAGGCGCUAACGAUGCCACCGAUAUCGUCCGGUCCAAUACUGAUAUCAACCUCGGACUUGGAAGGUAAUGAUUCCGACGAUGACGUCGUGAUGGAGGAGGACAAGCUGAAGGAGCUGGAGGACUUGAUGUGUGUCGUGUGUCGCUUGAUGGAUGUGAGCGCCCGUAAUCGGCUGGUCGAGUGUGCCGACUGCCACGCGCUGUACCAUCAAGAGUGCCACAAACCGGUCAUUUCGGAGGCAGACGCUAAUGACGAGGAAAACGCCUGGUACUGCACCCUGUGCCGCAGCAAGCAGACCCUCAACAAAUUGACUCCUCCUCCGGUAGUGUCGACACCGCCAAUUACCAUAGCAACGUCACCUUCGCCGACCAUUGGAAGCUCGACAUCAAAGUCGUCAUCGUCGUCACAUUCCAAGAGCAGCAGCAGUAAACCGAGCGAAUCGUCAUCUACCUCCAGCUCGUCGGGCAAGCACAAAUCGUCCAGCUCCAAAAGCGGUAGCAGCAGCUCAAGCAAAUCAUCCGAAUCUUCGCACGAACGCGAUAGGGAUCGUGACCGUGACCGGGGUGAGCGAGAUCGCGAUCGAGACCGUGAGCGAGAACGUGAUCGCGACCGCGAUCGAGAUCGAGAUCGUGAUAGGGAAAAGGAGCGCGAAAAAUCCUCCAAAUCUUCCUCGACCAGUAGCACCUCAUCGUCCACCGGGAGUGCUGAGAAAUCUUCCGCCGGCGCCGGAACCGUAGGCACGCCGAAUAUCAACAUCAUCAGCGCCGAUAAACGCUUGCAAAUGAUGAAGAAAAAGGCGGCCAAAAUGCAGGAUAGCAAACGAAAGCACAAGUAGAGGAAAAAUAGUUGUAUGUGUUCCAUUUAACAAACAUAUUUUAAUAGAGAAUAAACUUUGGCUUUAAUGAUCCGU